GCAGGCAUCCCCAUCAUGGUUAGGGCUCAAUCAAGGCAUCCUUUGGAACCUUUAUGUCCAGCUGAAAUCUCUGUGGCAGUGGCGACUGUCAGGGCAGCUGGAGCAACACCUGAGGUCAGAGAUGGUAUGCGUUUUGCUGAAGUGGUUCUACUAGAACCAGAUAAGCAUGUUGUCGCAUUAGCAGAUGCGUACUUCUUCCCUCCUUUCCAACCCUCGUUACUUCCGAGAACCAAAGGGGGACAUAUGAUACCCUCUAAGCUUCCUCCGAGGCGAGCUAGACUUGUUGUUUACAACAAGAUGUCAAACGAGACAAGUACAUGGAUUGUUGAGCUUUCAGAAGUGCAUGCAGCUACUCGUGGUGGACAUCACAGAGGAAACGUAAUAUCAUCACAAGUUAUCCAUGACGUUCAGCCUUCAAUGGAUGCUGUGGAAUACGCUGAAUGUGAAGCUGUUGUGAAGGACUUUCCCCCAUUUAGAGAGGCUAUGAAGAAGAGGGGCAUUGAAGAUAUGGAUCUCGUGAUGGUUGAUGCCUGGUGUGUUGGUUAUCAUAGCGAGGCUGAUGCUCCUAGCAAAAGACUUGCUAAACCAUUGAUAUUCUGUAGAACUGAGAGCGACUGCCCCAUGGAAAAUGGUUACGCACGCCCUGUUGAGGGAAUCUAUAUACUUGUUGAUAUGCAGAACAUGGAGGUGAUAGAGUUUGAAGACCGUAAGCUGGUUCCUCUACCUCCAGCCGAUCCAUUGAGAAACUAUACUUGUGCUGAAACAAGAGGAGGUGUUGAUCGAAGUGAUUUGAAGCCUUUAAAAAUUGUUCAGGCUGAGGGUCCAAGUUUUCGUGUGGAUGGAUACUUUGUAGAGUGGCAGAAGUGGAACUUUCGUGUUGGAUUUACUCCGAAAGAGGGACUAGUCGUAUAUUCAAUUGCGUACGAUGAUGGCAGCAGGGGGCGGAGGCCUGUAGCGCAUAGGCUGAGCUUUGUGGAAAUGGUGGUGCCUUAUGGAGAUCCCAAUGAUCCACAUUACAGAAAAAAUGCUUUUGACGCUGGAGAAGAUGGCCUUGGUAAAAAUGCACAUUCUCUAAGGAAGGGGUGUGAUUGUUCUGGCUAUGUCAAAUAUUUUGAUGCUCAUUUUACAAACUUUACUGGAGGUGUUGAAACAAUUGAGAAUUGUGUAUGUUUGCACGAAGAGGACCAUGGCAUGUUGUGGAAGCACCAGGACUGGAGAACAGGCUUUGCAGAAGUGCGCAGGUCAAGAAGGCUUACAGUUUCUUUUCUAUGUACUGUGGCUAAUUACGAAUACGGAUUCUUCUGGCACUUUUAUCAGGAUGGGAAGAUUGAAGCUGAAGUUAAACUCACUGGAAUACUCAGCUUAGGAGCACUACAACCUGGAGAAGUUCGAAAAUAUGGUACUGUUAUUGCACCAGGGUUAUAUGCACCAGUUCAUCAGCACUUCUUUGUUGCUCGUAUGGAUAUGGCUGUUGAUUGCAAACCUGGGGAAGCAUACAAUCAGGUUGUAGAGGUAGAUGUUAAAGUUGAAGACCCUGGAGAGAAUAACGUCCACAGCAAUGCAUUUUAUGCUGAGGAGAGACUUCUUAGAACUGAAUCGGAGGCAAUGCGAGACUGUAAUGCCUUAUCUGCCCGCCACUGGAUUGUAAGGAACACAAGAACUGUUAACAGGACUGGACAGUUAACUGGCUACAAGCUUGUACCUGGUUCAAAUUGCUUGCCAUUAGCUGGUUCUGAGGCCAAGUUUUUGAGAAGGGCAGCUUUUUUGAAACAUAAUCUUUGGGUUACACAAUAUUCACCUGAUGAGAUGUUUCCUGGAGGAGAAUUCCCCAACCAAAACCCACGAGUCGGUGAAGGAUUGGCGACAUGGGUUCAGAAGAAUCGAUCUCUUGAAGAAACUGACAUUGUCCUUUGGUACGUGUUUGGGAUAACUCACGUCCCCAGGUUAGAAGACUGGCCUGUAAUGCCAGUGGAGCACAUUGGCUUUAAGCUUGUGCCGCAUGGAUUCUUCAACUGCUCUCCUGCAGUGGACGUUCCUCCUAGUGCUUGUGAAUCGAAAGCCAAAGAAGAUGAUGUUAAAGACAAUGGGUUGAUGGCAAAGCUUUGAAGAGAUGCUGUGUUGGUCUUUUAGAAUUCGACCAAAAAAGGGAGAAGUUCUUGGGAAGACUGGCAAAGCACCUAAGAACACAUAUUUUGUAGCUAUGCAUGGUUUGUUUUUUUAUGUAGAUCAUAAGGUUUUGUUGUCAGAUCAAUUUAUGAAUAAAUUUUGCUAUGGUGAUUUAAUAACACUGGUCCAUUCUAC